UGAACGACAGAUAGAACAAUACUACAACAACGGAUGAUAGGAAAUAGGAGAUAGAGAUCAUAAUUUGUUGUAGGACGUCGUCGACGUGAUGUUGUAGUUCAUAUAAGUUUUCUCUUUUUCUUCUGCUUGGUGGAUGCUGAGACUCGCUCCACCUAUUCGUGACGAUGAAUCUCCGUUGUUGUAAGCAGAACUACGCCACGCUUUGGAGUGCCUAAAGUUCUCCGCAGAUCAUGUGACUUCACCGUAUGUAUGAGUCACUUCCAUUUGCUUGUGCGACCACUAACUUUAGAAUUCACGUUCUUCAUGAUUGUGAGUACUUAUGUUGGUCCAUUUUGUAACUCCACCUCCUUCAUCCGCUCUCCUCUCUGAGCGGAACGAAAACUUCUCAUUUCUCAUCCUGCAGUCGCUCGGUCCAUAAAGAUGACGUCAAAUAAGAAUAGAAGAACGACUCCAAAAACGAACAGGAGGAUCCCGCAAUUACCGCCACCAGAGGAGGUCCCAAUAUCAGGUUCAGGGUUGUCUUCGUCAUCUAUGAUCGCAGGAGCGGCUGAUGAAGAAGGUUGUUGUAUUCACAAACCCUCCUCAAGCUCAACCUCAUCUAGUAGCAGUACAACAACAACCUUGACUAGUAGUUCUUCUUCAACAUCUUCUACGUCUGCUUGUGGUAAUACAACCACAACUGCUGUGGACCACGAUGAAGAUCUCAAUAGGGCAGGAGGUUCUAGGAGUUGUUCAACCAAGAAAACUACAACAUCUUGUUCCCACUACAACAGGAGCAGCUCUGAGAAAAUAGAGAGCGACAUGAGGAAGCUGCAAAUGCAAAAACCAAUGCAAAAACCUGCUGGAGACGUGUCGGCGUCUUCGACAUCUAGGGACUUUCAUCAGGUUGUGCUGACAGCAGACGCAAAGCAGCCCGUUGAAGAUGUUUCGGCUGUCGGGAAGAGGAGUAGACUAAGGCUCAUUUCACAGACACAGUCCACAGGCUACAUCUUGUUCUGAUCUCAGUUCACAGCAGCAGAAGUGUUGCUGGUCUCAGUUUUCUCUUGGAUUCGGUUUCUGAGACUGUGAUUGUGAACGCACUAGAAUAUGAAUCAAUGUGAAGAGCGCUAAUUAGAAGAUGUAGACACUUUUUCUCGUCUGAGACUCCUGAGACGAGACAACGAGAGGCACCAUGUUCUGGUGUCGAGACAACGAGAAACACUGGAACGGAUGUGUCUCUGUUGCGAAGCUCAUCAACAAGAACGCCUCUGCAGAAUAAUCUUAGCGACACUAGUAUGAGCAGGGAAGCAGGCACGUUGUUAUGGCCAUCAGAAUCUGAAAUGGAGACAUCUGAAAAGUCCUCUGGGACUAGAAUACAUCAAGAUGAACUUCGUCUGUAGUCCAAGUAGCACGAAGAUGAAGAAAAUAACUUUUACUUUGGGGGGGGGGCCGGGCGCCCUGGACCCCUUUUCCAGGCGUCUGCCGGGGGGGGAAGGCCUCAAAAGGGGGCCCAGUGACCUCCCCCCUCCGCUCCCUUCCAGCAGCCUGGCUGUUCCCUAGGGCCUUCGAUGGUGGUGGGAGGCUUCAAAAGGGGCCCAAGGGACCGCCUGCGCCCCCGUCCAGGUGCCUGCUUGUGCCCCAAGUGCAUCCGUUAGGCUUCGCCGCCGCCGCCGUGCCGCCUGUGCCCUCCGGGCCCUUGGUCAUCGGCUUGCUUGCUCUUGCGACCGUGGUCGCCUUCGGCGGCCUUUUACCCCGGAGGCCUGCCGCCUGCGAGCGUCAGCAGAGGCCGGGAGGCCCCUUAGGAACACGCUGAGAGGCCCAAGGGGAGGCCCGCGCCAAGUUUUGACGCCUUCCACCACUAGAAUCCGCGAAAAAUUCACGCGGAAAAGCGCGCGCGAGCGCCACCACAGACCAGACCACAGGGGGGGGAAGGGGGGUGUAGGGUCGAGAAAGGGGCACCCUGGGCUUUACGGGAUUUCUAGUCGUGUAGGCAGUUUGGUUCUGCUUCCUUACCAUUUUGAAAAUGUAAACGGUAACGGAGGAGGCCCCAACCUGUGUUGACUUCGCCUAAUUUAGCACGACAGCACAACUAUGACCGCAGUGAGCACAUCCACAGGAACCACAAGAACCACAGGAACCACAGGAACCACAGGGACCACAGGGACCACAGGAACCGCAGGAACCCCAGGAACCACAGGAACCACAGGCCAACAGGAACCACAGGCCAACAGGAACCACAGGCCAACAGGAACCACAGGCACCACCGGCGCCACAGGGACCACAGGAACCAAAGGAACCACAGGAACCACAGGAGCCACAGGAACCACAGGAACCACAAGAACCACAGGAACCACAGGAACCACAGGAGGCUCCAGCAGGAGCAGGACCCGCCUGGCGAUCGCUUGGCCCCAGAUCAUAUCCGCACUAGAAAUCCCGUAAAGCCCAGGGGGUCCCAUUCUCGAGCUUAAGGGGGAGGGGGGGGCCUAUCUAGCUCUUCCGUUACUCCCGUCAACUCUUGCAGGACAACCCACAAACAAUCACUCUCGUAGGACAACCCACCAACAACCACCAUAGGGAAAGAAAGUCCAAAAAUGGCCUCAAGCCUCAGUCUCCUAGUUUCCUACGCGACAGCAUACAGCAGAAAGACUAGUGACUUGGCUCGAAUGAUAUACUUUUUUGUUUGAAGAGAUAGAAAGAUCAAUCUUGGUUUUCUUCGGUUCAAGGCCUAACUAAACCAGAGUAGUUUAUAGCACGCAUGGUGCAUGGAGUAGCAUGGAGUGCAUGGAGCGCAGAGCUUUAAGGGGCGCAAGCAGCUCCCCCCUUAGCUCCAUGCUACUCCAUGUGAUCCAUGCACUCCAUGCCAUGCGCGCUGUGAAACCUUACAAAUUGCUCUGCUGUAAAUCAUGGCCAUGGAAAGACGACGCAAAAGAGAUGAGUGGAUGCUUUUUUACUCUAACAACUAUGGUACGGAACGAAAGUAGCUCCAAUGGCGACAGCUCACAUCAUAAGCAGAAAAAAGCAAGGAAGCGAAAAAAUGCGCGGAAAAGCAAGACCGUGGACGGAGGUGAGAUGAUGUUCUUGGACUUUACUAGCCCCGGGGAUCCUGGCCCUGGCCCUCACUCUGGUAUUAUGAAAUUCACAUACACGUGAAAUUAAAAACUCGAAGUCUUAAACUAUGCAUUCAAGUGAAUUCGAGGACAGUUAGAAGUUAGUAGCUCUCUUAGAUCUAUUUCAGUUUCUCGCCGAUUAACUUUUUUAAUACUACAACAUGAAUCAAUCAUGUGGAUCAUGAGCUGCUAAGGGAAGUUUUUGAGUAAAUUUAAAUGAGAUGUAAGUGAAGGGUAUCGUUUAGCACUAACAACUACUUGAUCUUGAUGUUUUUUUCACAUCUUUCACUUGACUCUUGUUAUAUAUACUAUACAUAGAUGCAUAUUUUUAGAAGCUGCUCCAAUCUGCCUCGACCCACUUCGGCGUAUGAAUAUCGGACGCCAGGGCCACGCCUCUCGAUACAUCAUGGCGCUGACGAUCAUUCACCAAACACAAACUCGACUCAGAACAUAAACUUUGAAGAAUUCCAAGGUUCGGCAACACUUGUACCUCGAAACACGAAAACGUCGGAUACGCGACUUGUUUGGAGGAAUGCGGGAAGGCACCAGAAUAUGGGCAAGAGGUGGCUCAUCAUCUAUGCCACGUUGACGCUCUUCUUGAUUGGUGGGGUUGCAAUUCUGCAUUACCUGUUUUAAGGCUUCCCCUAAUCGAUCUCUAUGGGGCUCCCUCAACCUUAUGGCGCGCCCCAAUACAAGGGGGAUGCUGACGCAUACGCUUGGGGGAUUUCCACAGGGAUGAAUCAACUCGGGAGAGGUCUAACCGUUUUUUCGACGUGAUGCCUCCUCGUCGCAGAAGCAGGGAGUUAUCGAGUUCGUCGGAAAUGAAAUAUCAGGAGAAAUAGAGACAUCAUAUUUUCCUUCUCGAUCUACGGCGUCUUCUAGUGGAUGUUCUUCAUCAACAAGCUCGAGCUCUAGUACUUGUAGUGAGACAAACAUUACCAAGACGAGUACUAGAACAAGUUCAUCUCCAUCUCGUGGGGGAUCAUCUUCCGGCACCACAACUAGAAGAGAGGCGUCAGCGUCUGCGCCUAGUACUAGAAGCAGAAUUUUUCGCGGCGAUGGGACAUCCUCUGACUCCGAGGACCACGACGACGAUGAGACAGAGAGCGGUGUCUGCGUCACAACAGACGUGUUCCUUGGAAAAUCAUCGAUGUUACAAGUAGAAGGUGAUAAACUUGGCACCAGUAGAUUGAUUAUGCAUGUGCGCGGUGAAGUUUGUUCCAUUUUUAUUAAGACCAUUCUGGCUCCUCUCAGUCUUUUCUCUUAGGUGAAGAUGGAGCGUCAGUAUGAAUAUGUAAAGCGGCAUCUUCGGAUGAGGCCCAGAUGGUCAGGGACAGGGAUGGACUAAACUUCAUCCAAACUGAGGGGACGCGGUGGUCAAGUGCGUAAUGACGCCAAGCCCAAACCGCCAGACAGUGAUUUAAUCCUUAAGGAUCGCGCUUGCUCUACUAGCAAGUAGCACUUCAGUUUCAGUUUCAUCAUUCUCCACUAGUAUCUUCUUCUAUAUUUUUAAGUGGACUUAGAGGGAGAGUUAUAGACCCCCUCAAUCGUUGGGAUAGUAUAGUAUCUUCGACUCCGAGUCCGUUCAGGUUCAUCAUUCAUACUUACUUAUAUAUUAUAGUAGAUAUCUAUGCAUACUGAUGAUCUUCAUCAAGAGCAAGUGCAAGAUCCUCAUGGUAGAAAUCAAAUAAGUGCGCGACUUCUUGUAGACUAAAACCAUUACUCGCUGGCCUCGCUCCCGCCCAGGUGUGUCGCUCUCGUUGGGUUUUCGAGAGGACACCAUCAGCGCGCGCCCUGGGUUCUCUCUCAGAAUAUAGCUAGUUACUAGACAUCGCGAAAAGGAAAACCUUCCUCGGGGCUUCUUUGCCAUGCUCUAGCCGCUUACAUUUUUGCUCCACCUUGCUGUCCCCACGUCUUUGCUUGCCUUCGCCUUCCUUACCUCCACCGACCUCCUUGACAGCCGUCGACGAUCGACGACAGGGGGCGACGACUGGCAACGGGAGACGACGACCGACGACAGCCGCCGACAAGAGACGCCGACCGACGACGGCCGCCGACGAUCGACGACAGCCGCCGACGAUCGGCGACAAGCUACCGCCGAGGCCGACGAUCGACGACAGGGGGCGGCGGUCGACGACAAGAGACGACGACCGGCGACAGCUGCCGACGAUCGUCGACAGCCGCCGACGAUCGGCGACAGCCGUCGGGGUCGGCGAUCGACGACAGGACACGACGAUCGACGACAAGAGACGGCGGCCGACAGGUGUCGACGAUCGGCGCCAGCCGCCGGGGUCGACGAUCGACGACAAGAGAUGACGACAGCCGCCGACGAUCGACGAAAGCCUGGCGAUCGACGACAGCCGCUGGCGAUCUACGACAAGGGGCGACGACUGACGACAGCCGCCGAGGCUGACGAUCGACGAGAGGGGACGACGAUCGACGACAGGGGACGACGAUCGACGGCGUGGGGGUGACAAUCGACGACGACAGCCGCCGCCGAUCGACGACAGGCGCAAAGGCUGACGACCGACAACAGGCACAGGGGCGGGGCGACGAUCGACGACAGGAGACGACGAUCGGCGACAGCUGUCGACGACCGACGACAACUGCCGACGACCGACGACGGGCAGCCGUCGACGGCUGACGCUAGGCAGCUGCCGAGGCCGACGACUGACGGCAGGGGACGACGAUCGACCACAGCCGCCGACGAGCGACGACAGCCGUCGGGGUCGACGAUCGGCGACAGGGGACGACAAGAGACAACAACCGGCGACAGCCAUCGACGACUGACGACAGCCGCCGACGAUCGACGACAGCCGCUGACGAUCGGCGACAGCUGUCGAGGUCGACGAUCCACGACAAGAGAGAGAGACGACGACGGACAGGCGACAGGGGGCGACGAUCGACGACAGGGGGCGAAGGUCGACGACAAGAGACGACCACCGACGACAGGCGCCGGCGAUCGGCGACAGCCGUCGACGAUCGACGACAGCCGUCGAGGUCGACGAUCGACGACAGGGGGCGACGACUGACGACCACAGGGGGCGGCGAUUGGCGACACACUCACAAAAGACGACGACUGAAGACAGCUGUCGACGAUCGACGACAGGAGACGACGAUCGACGACAGGGGACGACGAUAGACGGACGACAAGGGGCGACGACUAACCAACGACAGCUGCCGAUGAUGAACGACAGGCAGCCGCUUAUGAUCGACGGCAGCCGCUCAUGAUCGACGACAGGGGACGAAGAUCGACGACAGGGGACGACAAGAGACGACGUCGACCAGCGACAGCCGUUGCUGAUCGACGUCGACGACAGCCGUCGGCGAUCGUGUCGCUGAGAAGGUCGGGCAGUAUUCGCUGUCGCUUGUUUUUCGUGGGUUCCCACGAGCGGCGCACUUCUGCGCCGUCAGACGCUUGUCUUUUGCGGCUACGUGCUUGCAGGAGCAGGCGCCUGCUUGCAGAAGGUCAGCUGGUAUGCUCCGCUGUCCGCUGUAUUUGGGCUCCCGCCCCCACGAAUAGCGAGCUGACAGAGCUGAAUGACACAAAGCAGCCCCGUGGAGUUCUAUCCAUGUCUGUGGGCCUCCAUCUCGUUGCUACUCGCCUCCGCCUCCUUGCUUGCUUCCGCCUCCUUGCUUGCCUCCGCCUUCUUGCUUGCCUCUGCUUCCAUGCUUGCCCCCGCCUCCUUGCUUGCCUCCGCGGCCUCCUUGCUUGCCUCCACCUCCUUGCCUGCCUCCGCCUCUGUCUUUGCUUGACGUUGCCCCCAACUCUUUGCUUGCCCCCUCCUCGCUUGCCUCCCCCGCCACCUCUUUGUCUGCCUUCGCCUCCUUGCUUGUUGGCUCCACCUCCUUGCUUGCCUCCACCUCCUUGCUUGCGUCCGCCUCUUUGCUUGCCUCCGCCUCUUUGUUUGCUGGCCUCCACCUCCUUGCUUGCCUCCAGCUCCGCCUCCGCUCUUGCCUCCACCUCCUUGGUUCUUGCUUGCCUCUGCCUCCUUGCUUGCCUCCGCUUCUUUCUUUGCUUCCAGUUCCAACCACCUCCUUGCCCCCACGCCUUCCACCCCACACCCUUGCCUUCGCGAUCGUGUCUUUGGCUGCACCUCUUUGGCUUUAUCUUUUUGCCUCCCUUAUGUCUUUGGCGUUUUGUUAGCAAUGAAUGCCCACCGACUGAGAUGCCGACCAACUGACUACGCCACUAGGAUGAACACACUGAAAACACUACCACACGCACGCAAGUCAGGGAAGUCACUCGGGUCACCAUUACCAACCUGCGGGUGAGGAGGAUGACAGCGCGACGGCGACUACCAGCAGGAUACGGAUGAAGGCCGUGGCUAUAGAUAGGCUGGCGAUGGUCGACGACGGUGAUGACGAUGAGAACGGGCAAGGGGCUUGGGGACUUUGAUGGCGUUCAUGAUUCUGGUGGAACUUUGUGGGGAUCUCUAUGCAUGGGAGGAACGAGGAACCAGGCCGGACGAGUUGACUGAAAUCAGAACCAUGGACGGGGGCCGAAGUGGAUCAGGAUCCUCAUGGUGAUCCGCCACGGGGUGGCGACGUGUCUGAUCUUAUGCCUGCGCUCCCCCUCUCAAAGCAAGGACCACCAAACGAAACACCACACACGCCAAAGAGUGCCCACGCGACACGUAGAACCUUGAAAAGGUGACAGAGUGCGCUCGUGCUACGGAGUUCAGUGCUUCGUCGUCUUGUGCAUGAAGUGGCUGGUCUGAAGACGUUUGGCGCUGCUCAGUCUUUUUGUCAACGGGUCUCGCUCCUCUGCACGGUUCGAGCCCGUUGGACUAUAGCGCAGCUUCUUGACGUGGUCGCGGACUGCGUGGCGCUGAAGGUCGGCGCGCUUCGAUCUUUUCGCGGUGGCUGUUGGCUUAUUGAGUUUGAGACCGCCCAGGGCAGACUGGUUAUCCACGAAGUCAGACGAGUGGGGCACCGCCUGCGCCUUCUCUCUCUAGAUACCAAUCAAGAAAGCCCUUGGCCGUGUGCAUCUUGAUGCUGUCAUAUAUUGCGACACACUCCGCCUCGCGUGUGCUAUUUGCUCUGUCGGUUUGUCGUUUGACAGACCACGCAGCGGGAACCCCGCGAGAGUAUAAGUAGACGCUGCCACUGGCUGACCUUAGGGCUACCGUGCAGCCAGGCAGCAAAGUCAGAACCGCUGGACGUUACUGACGUGUCUACCUCUUUACCAGCUUCGGCCGCUACUUUUCUGCGGCGUGCUCUCUCUGCUAGACCCAGCCUUGAGCUUGACCCUGGGGGAGUAUAAUUCGAGGGCUACGCCUUUUCUUGUACCUUUCAAGUGUUGCAGGAUACGCCUCGCGCGCUUCUUCGUGUUUUCCGACCGUUCCCGGUGGGUUUACUACUUCGCGCGCCAUGCGUUGCGCCGUGAAUAUUAUGCCCACACACUCUACACAGGGUGGGUUGCUAUAUGCAUCAAGCUGCCAACAAGACUACGCAGCGGGAAGUCGCCAGUCGUUGGGGUGUCGGUUUCUGGACUGUAUAACACGGGCGAGGACACGGCCCGACGCUCGGCUGUGUUGAGUUUUCGCAUUAGACGGCUGACAGCUGCACGCGUGUGAAUUUUGCACCACUGUCGGGCAGGGUUAUACUCAGACAAUGCGCCCAACAUGUCUCCAACUUUAGCGCCGUCCCCUCGAACUUAGGGGCUGGGCACUUUACUGGGGUACUUAGCUAGUGAGGAUCUUACCCAUCUCACUUCCCACGAUUUCAACAGGCGGGCGCGCCGCUGAUUAUCGUACUUAGUGCUGCCAUCACUCAGCGUAGACGCUUAAGGUAGUGAGGGCAUUGCCUUGCGCUUCUUUUCGAAAUAGGCCGGGCUCACGGGGACGUGUCUCCACUCUCCCCGUGCCGGUGUCUAAAAAUAAGAGACAAAUAGCGACGGACUCGCUGCUGUAUGGACCACAAGCCCCCUUGCAGGUGGUCGUGGACGUGGUGCAGCAGCUUCGUAGUGGAGCACCGCCAGCGCCGAUCGAAGGAUCCGCGCCGCCAGUGUCAGACGAGCAAAGUGUGCUGGACGACCUGAAGGAGGAAGAAGAGUCAACUGUUGAAGGCCUCACGGCGGAGAAAAAGCGCCAGCUGGAAGAGGAUGCGCAGGCGGAAAAGCAGCAACGCCUCAAGGCUGAAGAAGAGGAGCGCGCAAGGCAGAAGGCUGAAGAAGAGCGGCGGCAGAAAGACGAAGAGGACCGUCUCCGGAUAAAAAAGGAGGAGGAGGACGAACGUCUCCGGAUAAAAAAGGAGGAGGAGGAGGAACGUCUCCGGAUAAAAAAGGAGGAGGAGGAGGAACGUCUACGGAGAGAGAGCCAACAACGCCGCGAUGCGGAAGAAGCAGAAAACCGGCGGAGAGAAGAAGAGGAACGUCUCCGGAUAAAAAAGGAGGGGGAGGAACGUCUACGGAGAGAGGACCAAGAACGCCGCAAUGCGGAAGAAGCAGCACGCCAGCGGAGAGAAGAAGAGAAACGCCUCCGGAUAAAAAAGGAGGGGGAGGAACGUCUACGGAGAGAGGACCAAGAACGCCGCGAUGCGGAAGAAGCAGAACGCCGGCAGAGAGAAGCAGAGCAGAGCAGGCUGGAGCGGGAGGAGGAGCGCCUGCGGAAAGUCCGAGAGAAUGAGGCGAAAGCCAAACAAGAACGAGAAGAGCUCGAAAGGCAGGAAAAAGCCAAAGAAGACGAGCAGCUGCGGAUUGAUGCGGAGAACAGGAGGGCAGAGCAGGAGCAGCGCCAGCAACGGGAGAGGGCGGAGGCUGCGGAAGAGGACCGCGCAAGGCAGGCCAGAGAAGAAGAGCUCGCAAGGAACAACAAGGCCAAGGAAGCCAAGGCGCGUGCGAGGGAGAAGAUGGACGCACCUCCGCCGCCACCCAAAUUGCUCGGCAAGGUGUCCGUGUCCGCGUUGCGAGAAGGGACUGUGUCCGCUACGCAGACGGCUGCGAGUAAUCUUCAAUUGUUUGAGGCGAGGCCGAAACAAACGAGGCUUACGGCCGGUGACCUGGUGUACUAUGUUGACCGGGAAGAUGGCCCACCAGCGAGGCAACGUACCUUUAUGCAGGGUUACGUCCCCUUGCACGACGUCGUGUUCGCGACCUCCACAGACGAGACAGAAGCAAAAAUCAUACGGUUCAAGAUGAAUCCGCUGCAGACGACUACUCCGGUUCGUGAUAUUCAUGUCUACCCAGACGAUUCGGAACCGAGACCACAUAAAGUGCGCUUCCUGGACAGCUUGGGCAACGCCAAAAAAGUCCGCAAGCGCUUGAGCUGGGGAAAGUGGAUGGCAGAGCCCUGGGUGCAAGAAGGUAAAGAUCAAUUCUUUCUAGGUUACUGUAAAUUGUAAGCACUCUUGCUUGCGAAUCUACUCUAGGACUCAUAGUAUAUUAAUGAAUAUAUUUUUAUACACCGUUUUACCUAUAAUAAUUGGUACAACAUCAAAGCUAGAAAUAAGCUACACCUCGCAUCAUGGAAUUCGAAUCCUGCUAAGGAAUAUUCCCAAUUUGCUAAAGUAGAUUGAGCAUAUCCAUACUACUUUUCCAAUUCCCCUCAAAUGGCACCUCGUAGCUGACCCCCAGUCAAACUGUUAGGGAGAAGAAGAUAGACAUGAAAAUGAUAAAUAUACAAAUAUUUUGUCCCUUACAGAGUUUGUUCGCGACGAAACUACAAAUGCAGCGGUCCCGCUACAGAAACCGGCACCACCGAAACAAGAAUAAGGCAGGAGAAUGAGAAUCUCUAAUGGUUGUUAUUAACAUUAAUUAUUAAAAAAAGUUUUUUAGUUUUACACGAGGCUCGCCGUCCAGGGCGAGAGACGAGGGGACACAUCUAGAUCUAAUCUAGCUGUAAUCUGAUCAUGAUCUUGUUUGUUCAUGUUUAUAGUUGGUGUUUCCUUUCAGCUCGUAUCAUCAUUUUUCUUGUUAGGUCGCUUUCCUCGUAACGUCGCGACACUCAACUUCAACAACGUUAUUUCUAUUCAUUUUUAGCUACUGCUGUGCCGCUAACUCUACCAACGAACGUGCUCUAUUCUCACUAUUAGCUUGAGAAAAAGAGAAUUGAUGAGAUGAUGUACUUCUAUUGCAACAUCAUGUAGCACUACGGCCACUAAUACCUUCUAUUUUUGAUUUAUUGAUGUAAGUAGAUACAGAGUCGAUAAAGAUGAAAAAAUGUUUUUUUUUUUUGGCAAGGCCACCACACGAGGACCUCGAGCUCGACCAAGAUCAAGUAGAAGAAGUAACUAGUUCCUGAAGACAGAGAUGAUACUAGUCAUGGUACUUAAUAUAGCCAGCAUUAGGAAGUUCAAAAGCUCUAACCUCAAGGCCCAAACAAGAAUCCGAGUGGUGGCGUCAGUGUCAAUUUCGCAGAUAGAGGCGCAAGGCUAGGCGUAAUUCCGUGGGCUGACAUUAAGACUAUCACGACCGUAGCGCCAUCCACAUACUUAGCAUCAUCCUGCUUGUCGUUGUCAAGAAAACGAAAAAAGGGCCAAGAUGACAUGGUCUCGUCAGGAAUGCCAGAACGAAGUUAGUAGCUCUAAUCAUGUACGCGCAGAAGGGGGUCGCGUUGUGGAUGUAGAAAAGGGAUCGUUUGGUCGUAGCAUAUGGAACGUGAAGAAAAACGAGUAUCGGCGGAAGCGGCAGGAGAUGGAUCUUCUAUUGCCGAAGGAGACCACAAGGAAAAGCGCAUAUGGGAAAACACAAGGCCCGGGAGUUACAGUUCAACUUUUCAGAGACCCCGUUACCAAAGAGGCCCUCUUAAGUCUCGGUGUAAGUGUAUUGAUAAAUUGAGCCUACAUUUUAAAUAACCUCCGACACGACACUGAAUUUUUGGUAUAAGAAGUAGAAGCAAACCUGACAUCACAACAAUGAGAACUACAACUCCACAUCAUGACGACACCACGAGGCUAACUACUUCUUGCCGAAGAUUAUGACUUCCUUCUGCAAGUCGUGCCAAGUGGAAUAAGUGCAACAUCUUCUGCCCCCUCCUUAGGAAAAUCUGACGUGAUACCAAUGACCACCUUUACACUAGAAAGCGAAAUAUUCAAGUACAUGACUGAGCUCUGAGCUCUAACUAUCGAGAAUCUGCGAAACCAGUUCGAAGGAAAGAACCCUGCAGAUGCGACAGGCCAAAUACAAAUUUUACGGGUUGCAAGUUGACUUACUGAUCUGUAUCUAUGAGCAGCUUAUCUUCAAUGAGCAUGACAACAAGAGAGAUCGAGAUGUAUCUUCACAGUUGAAAUUGUUGAGUGUAUAGGUUGACCCUAAGUUUCUUCAUCACAUUUUUCAAGUAAGAGAGAAGCAGUCGACGCCUUCAGCUUCACACAUCAACUGGCUAUGUUGCGAGAAGACAGACCACAGGUUCUUUCUUGCUAUUACCUCUUCUAAAACUAGAAGUAGAGGCUCAGUACGUGGCAACAUUCAGCGAGCAGAAGCCUGGGACUAGCAUAAAGUGCGAAAAGGUCGUGCUUGUGUUUGGCGUGGAAAAGGAAGGCGUGGCGGUCUAUCAGCCAAGUGCUCGGAAAGGGCCGGGCUCUUUCUUAGUUGAGAAAUUACGAAAAAAUAAAGUACAGGAGCACUCGAAUGUGGCUUCGUAAUUAUAUGCACGAAGAACUCCUUCUACUUCAUCUCGCUCGAUGGAAAUACUUACUUACUUACUUGAAUAAUUGAUCGCUUCUUCUCCGUCGUGACAGCGGACAAUUACCGGAAACUCCAUCUUGUUAGAGAGUCUCUGUCUCAGUGUCAUUCCUACUAUGUAGUGAAGUUGAAGUUGAACUAUUCAUAGUAGAUAUGUCAAAUGAAGGUGCCGCUUGACAAGUAGUUCUUGAGUCUGAGGGCCUUCUAUUUUC